CGAUCCAAGCAUCGCUACCGGUAAGGUCGGCAAGCCUGCCCGUGUUACCCGUGCUGCCCAAUCUGCCCGACCUUUCUGCCUUCUGCCUCGCUCUCUCUCUCUUCUCUCUUUCUCCAUCCAGUAAAAAAAAAAGCCUCCAAAACAAGCUCUCUUCUUCCUGUAUUCUUCUAGAGAUCGUUGAUUCAAACAUCGAUAGGACUGCUUAAGAAGUGAAAGAACACUUGAAGCUUUGCAGCUUAUUUUGGCGGAGGUUAACCUCUAAGAUCUGAUCUUUCGCUGCUCGGAUCUGCUUUCAGGGUACGACUCUGGCAUCGUUCUCAUCACGAUGGGUACGGUAUCGCCGUCCGUAGCCACCCUCGGUAUGCUAACCGGCGCUGCUCCGGUCAUGGCCGACCACUUAUCUGUGGCGGACACAAUUUCGCUUCCAUUCAACCAACCGAAACACCAAAUGCCUCAGAAGAACGAGAAUGAGGCUGAACCAGUCGAUUCUGAUGAAGAAGAUGGUGAGGGUGAUGAAGAUGGGGACUAUGAAGAAGGUGAAGGUGAAGAGGAUCUUUCAGAGGAAGAAAGGGAGGGUAAUGGAUACCCCAAGGACAACACCAAUAGCAAGAAAGGGCCUGGUGAUGUUGGAGGGGCUGAAGAAAAUGGAGAGGAUGAGGAUGAAGACCCUAAAGAGCAUGAUGAUGGCGAUGAUGAUGAUGACGACGAUGAUGAUGACGAAGAUGAUGAUGACGACGAUGAUGAAGAUGGAGGGGAGGAUGAAGAAGAGGGUGUAGAGGAGGAUGAUCAGGAGAACGAGGAAGAAGAUGAAGAGGAUGAGGAAGAAGAGGAACUUCAGCCUCCAAAGAAGAGAGGAAGAAAUGAAUAGGGGGGAAGAGGCCUUUGAUAUCACUGUUCUUCUUUUUGUUCCUUAUAUCUAUCCCUUCAUGUGUUUUCCUUUUCCCUUUUAGCUUUUGAGGUAAGCUUUUAGAGUUUUAGAAUGGUGCUGUGUUAUCUAUCAAUUAGAGUUAAGGUAUUGUCACUUAGAUUUCGGAUGCAUAAUUGGAAAAAAAAAAAUGUUUACGUUUCAGUUUGAGAUAAUCUAAUGAGGUUGAAUUUAUGAA